UAUGAAAAUGUACUUACCGGAUUUGACAAAUGAAAUAUUGAAGAUUAUGACAAUAAUUGAAGCGACAUUAGAAAAAUAAAAUUCCAGACAAAUUAUCUUUUUGAAGACUAGGCAGCAUGGUCUCCGACCUUAGCCUGUUCCAAACGGAACAAACGUACUAAAAAAAAAAAAAAAAAAAACAAAUAAAAACAUUACCUACUUUUUUUAAUGUUACUUUUUUCCAUUUUUCUUACAAUAUUUAUUUAUUCUAUUUAAAAAAUUGAAAUUUUAAUUGCCAUGUACAUGAAUGAUAAAUAGAUUAAGCCUUAAACAUAUUAUAUAAAAGAGAUAUCUAUAGAUUGACCAAAUGGCUUCCGGGCCGUCUACUAUUACGACCGGUGAUCACACUGUGUUGGUCCUCGAUGGUGGUUUCUCCUCGCAGCUCUCAUGCCACGUUGGCACCACCGCUGAUGGUGACCCGCUGUGGAGCGCCCGCUUCUUGCAAACACAUCCAGAGGAAGUAGUUAACACGCAUUUGGAUUUCCUACGAGCCGGUGCCGACAUUAUCAUGACCAAUACUUACCAGGCGUCCAUCGACGGUUUUGUAAAAUACCUCGGCAUUACUCCAGAAGAAGGCUAUGCUCUCAUACAACGGGCUGUAGAAUUGGCAAAACGUGCCCGUGAUACAUACAUGGAAGAAUGUCAAAACAAUGUCGAGAAAAGCCCUUUGAUCGCUGGGUCGGUAGGUCCGUAUGGAGCUCACUUACAUGAUGGAUCCGAAUAUGACGGUAGUUACGCGGAUAAAAUAGCGCCAAAGACAUUACGAGAGUGGCAUACCCCUCGGAUUAAGGCUCUAAUUGAAGCAGGAGUUGAUUUAUUGGCCUUUGAAACUAUUCCAUGUCAAAAAGAAGCAGAGGUGUUGGUGGAUAUGUUAAAUGACUACCCACAAAUCAACGCUUGGCUCUCGUUUAGCUGUAAAGAUGACAAGAGCCUUGCUCAUGGAGAAGAUUUCCAAGAAGUGGCAAAGAAAUGUUGGGACUCUGAUCCUAACCGUUUGGUGGCGGUUGGUGUUAAUUGCUGCUCUCCAUUGAUUGUGGCAAAGUUAUUUAAAGGUAUCAAUGAUAAUAGGAAACAUGCAGCGAUACCACUCAUAACCUACCCCAACUCAGGGGAGAAGUACAACCCUCAGUUGGGAUGGAUAGACAGAGACAAGUGUGUGGCCCUGGAGAGUUUUGUUCACGAAUGGCUAGACUUGGGUGUUAGGUAUGUGGGAGGCUGUUGUAGAACUUAUGGAGCUGAUAUAUCUUGCAUCCGCACACAGAAAGUAUUUGGCUUGUCUGUUAGAAAGAAACAGAAUGAUGACAAAAUAAAAAACUUGUUAAGGCAGAAUGAGGACCUUAGAGAAAAAAAUUUGAAAUUAACACUUGAAAUAUCAAAACUAAAGAAAGAUAUGGGCAAGUUGAAAGACGACAAAUUCUCGGACUACCUCACGUUAAUGAGAGAGAGAGACGCUCGGUACACGCUGUACUUCGAAAAUCUAGGGCUCCAGUUGAAGCUAAAGGAAUUGGACGGCAGUUCGUACCCUGUAGAUGAUGCAUACGGCGACCCGGUAGUACUGAGGAUAGCUCUCGAUCGGUGCAGAGAACAAUUAUCGACAACACAAAUUGAUUUAAAGAAGAUGACGGAAGAGUAUGCCGACACAGUCCCCAGACGAGAGUAUGACAUUUUAACAGCCAAAAACUACGAUUGCACUAAACAGGUAGAAGCCUUGAAUGCAGAAUUACAAGCUAUCCAAGAUACACACAAGCGUGUUCUCACACUAAAAAAAGGACUUGAGGAGGAGCUGAUGGAGACACGAGAGCGUUGCAGAGAGCUGGAGCGCGCCGGCACGCCGCGUCCCCAGUGGGAACUCUGCGCUGAUUUCAUCGGUGGCGGUAGAGAUAGAUGGUGGCAGUUGGCCAGUGGACUGUCUUCGCGAGACAUGCUGAGAGUCCUGCUGAAAGAACUUGGACCUGCUGCGGAGAGCGAACAAUUGGAACAUUUCGAUGGAUUUGGUACAGACCCUGUAAUUCCUCCAUACUUGCGACAUGAGGGCAAGGUUCGCAACCUCCGACUGUCAAGGAGGGAAGUCAGCGUCAUCAUCAACGACAUCUGGCUAGGCAAGAUGGAGCACGGUCAGGACAUGUCCAUGCAGGACUACGUCACCAAUUAUUUUGAAGACAGGUACCAGCAACCAUCAGUUCGAGCAGAAUGGGCGUACAACUUGUGCGCAGGCGCUGAACAAAUGCUAGACGAGCCGCAGGUAAAGUUGUUCUGGGGCGUGCUGCACGGCCACCUGAGCGAGCGCAUCUACUGGAGCCACCGCGCGCAGUGGCAGAACCUCAAGGACUUGCUCUACAAACACAGCAAGGAUGGAGAGACAAUUACUGCGGAGGAAUUUGAAAAAAUUGCAAAAGUGACGUUUCCUUUGAAGAGUGAGGUCGAUAUCAAAAAUCUGAUGGAUGUGGUGAGGAAACAGCUGAAGCUCAAGAUUGCCAGCAACGAAAUCAACUUGGACAAGUUGUUUUUGGAGAACGAGGAAGGUUUCGACCGCGUGGAGUUUGCCCGGGAGUUGUACCGGCAGCGUCAGUUAGCACAGGAUAAAUACAUCCGCGAAGUGGUCAACGAGCUGGGCGGGAAACAUGGCGCCAACAAAACUGUCACGGUGGAAAAUGUCAAACGAGCAUUCGCAAUAGUCGACCCCGCCAUUGACCAUAUCCGUAUGGAGCGCUACAUCCGCUGGGCAUUCUCGGACCAGACGUCGGAGCUGAAGAGCAUCUGCCCUCUGCCGCUGCGGACCGUGGCGGCCCGGCUCGCCGCCGGCGACAUCGAGCGCGUCGGACCGCGCUACCGCGGCACGCAUAGGCGGAACAUUUAUAAAUAGACAUAUUUCUACUCUAUUAUCAUUGGCAUAUUUAACAUUAUUUUCUGGACUGUUAAAAAGACGCAAAAACGUACUCCCUCCAGAUAUCUUGGGAUAAUUCUGGAAGGGCAUAGCCCAUCCAGCUCACUUCUCUAUAACUUACCCUUUUACUAUCAUAAAUGUGAGUUCGUGAGAUGUGGAGAUGGAUGUUUGUUACAGUUUUAGGUACAAAACUAAACUAAUUCGAAUUAAAUUCAGUAUACUAAUAGAUUAUAUCCCAACUUGACAUAUACGAUACUUUAUAUUAUGUAAUGAUUCACGCAAGCGAAGUAAUAAUCAUUUUAAUUGCUGAGUACCUUAAAUUAGAUACUUAAUACGAUCUGCUUGAAAUAGUAUCAUGCAUCCAUUACAGCCAGUAAUUUGUUAAUCUACUUCAUGAAUUAUGCUGUAGUUGUAUAGUAAUAAAUAUAUAUAAGA